CGUUCUCCUUCUACCAUUUCCUACUAAGUUCUAACUUUUUCGGUCAGGACAUUCAGAAUCAAUCAUGGCUGACAAUCACGAAGCGAUGGAUGUUGAUGUUGAUGAACGCGCCCCGCAACGAUCAGCCUCUGUACCUUUUCAGCCACCCAGGGAUUUGACAGUUGGCUACGUCUACUCCUCCGAAAUGACCUCUCACUUCAAUCCCCGUGGUCAUCAAGAAGCCCCAGAACGUAUUACGCGUAUUUGGCAGGCCAUUGUUGACGGAAAAUACAACACCAAAAUGCAGUGGCUCCCCAUACGCCCCGUCACAAAGGCGGAAGCUCUUCUUGUUCAUAGUCAAACUACUUGGGACUUGAUUGAGGCAUAUCAGUACAUGUCGGAACAGCAGAUUGUUGACUCCGAAGCAUACUAUGAGCAACUUUCUCUCUAUGUGAUGCCAGGUACUACUAGAGCAGCUCGGCUCAGUUGUGGAGGCGUCAUUGAAGCAUGUCUGGCUGUUGCGCGUGGUAGAUUAAGAAAAGUGUUUGCAAUUUGUCGACCUCCGGGUCACCACGCCGAGCCUGAUCAGUCUAUGGGUUUCUGUUUCUUCAAUAAUGUCGCUGUAGCUACUAGAGUGGUGCAAGAGUUAACGCCUAUCAAACGAAUACUUAUUCUGGAUUGGGAUGUACACCAUGGUAAUGGGACACAGAGGACAUUCAAUGAUGAUCCAUCUGUGUUAUAUAUAUCACUGCAUCGGUAUGAAGGCGGCAAUUUCUACCCCUGUGGUGAAUUUGGUGGUAUGACUUCUUGUGGCGAGGGCUCAGGAUUGGGAUUUUCCGUGAACAUACCCUGGCCAGAGAAGGGCAUGGGUGAUCCAGAUUAUAUCCAUGCUUUCCAGAGGAUUGUCAUGCCAAUAGCCAUGGAAUUUGCUCCUGAGUUGGUAAUCAUUUCAGCUGGGUUUGAUGCAGCACUUGGUGAUGAAUUAGGAGAGUGCAAAGUUUCUCCUGCAGGCUAUGCUCAUAUGACCCAUAUGCUCUCUGGGCUUGCAGGAGGGCGUUUAGUUGUUGCAUUAGAGGGAGGCUAUAACCUGAAUGCAACAAUGAAGUCAGCAUUGGCAGUUACCAAAGUAAUCUUGGGGGAGGCUCCUGAUCCUUUACCACCAAUGCAUGCCUCUGAAACAGCAACAGAGACGGUGUAUUUGGUGGCAAAAGAACAGAGCAAGUAUUGGAAAAACAUUGAUGCCAAUAGUUGUGAACCCCGAGAGGAGGUUGAAUCAAUCAGUUUUUCGAUACCAGAAGUUCUGCAGGCCCAUCGUGCACAUUACUUGUAUAAGAAUUACAAAAUGAUGCAAGUUCCAUUGCUUAGCUUUCUCCAAAACCCUUUCGCUGGGCAAGUUAUAUGCACGCCGGAUUUAUUUGAGAACAAAACUCUUGUGGUACUUGCUCACGAAUUUGGUAAUUUGCGGCUAGAGCUCGAGUCUGCAAUGACUUGUGAUCUGAAUAUGGAACGUUCCUACUUGCUUGACUUUACAAAAGAGCUGAUGAGGUGGAUAAAUGGAGAGGGCUAUGCACUACUUGAUGUUAACCUAUACCCCAAACCGUUCACUUCUGUUUCACAAAAUAGCAAGCGUUUAUCAAACAAGAAGAAUGCGGAGCGCUACGAUGAUACGACAGCCUUGCUAACUUAUCUGUGGGAUAAUUACAUCCAUCUUUCGGGUGCCAAGAAGAUAGUCUUCAUUGGCCACGGACCAGCAUGUCAACCAUUGAUGAACCUUAUCGAUGCGCGGUUUAAUUCUAUCAACAGAUAUGUCAAGGCUGUCGUUCAAGUCGUGGGAUUUGCCAAGGUCCCAGUCACGCCUAAAAAAGAUGAAUUUCGAUCUUGGUACGCGAAGUGUUCGUGUGUACUUCUAUCUGCAAAUCACCAUAUUCUCCGACCGGAGGCUCUGCACAGUAUAAAGAAACACGGUGUGCUUUGCCCUAUCGAAGAAUUGCAACCCGUAAGAAUUGUCAUGAAAGGACUUCCAGCGAUACAAGCCUUCAUAAAGGCUCAGCUGGAAAAGCCUCUCUAAGCAUACAUUCUGGUAUAUAGAACGGAAUGUGUAUCGUGUAUAUACAGUUACUAUAUCUUACAUCGCGUCUAAAUGAUAAUUUAAAUAUUCCAC